GGCGGCUGCAGUAGCGGCAGCCGCAACAUCUGGGGGAAACUUAAGGUGGUCACGUAGGUUUCCCGGAGGCUGCGGCGCAGAAGAGCCCGCGGCUUCCUGGGGCAGCCGCAGGGCAUCUGUUGGCAACGCCUCCCCAGCCGCGGGCGAGCUGGGGGCAGCAGGGAGUAGGCAAAGGCGGGGCUGCAGAUUGGGGCUGAGCAGCCCGGGAUCCCGAAUAGUUCCACGGCGCCAUCGGCCGGUACUGAGAACACGAGUAGGGGGGCAAGUUGCAAAAGGGUCCCGUCGGCCUGGAAGCGAGCCACGCGGAGAAAGGAGGGGCGGCUGGGACGCUCUGCGCGAGUAGAAAAGCGGGGGCGGCUCCGAACUCUCCCUCUCAAGGUCCAGCCUCUUCCAGCCCCGCGGGAGAAGCCCUAGGAAGACCGCCCAGCUCCGGCCGGGAGACUGGGGGAGGGAGCUUGCCCUCCGGAGCCGCGGCGUUGUCUUUGCUAGAAAGCUCCCUGCGCCCGCGGCCUGGCGAGGGGAAAUGAAUUGCAAAGCAGAAUCGGCGGCGACUCGGACGGCUGCGGGGGUGGGACACGCUCCCACAGUCCCCUCGGGCCCCUCUCCUGGCUGGGUUGUAGGCUCACACAUUACGCUUUGUGGAGACGCUGUCUCCAAUCCCCACCCGCUUCGCUUUUCUUGUCCAGUCGUUCUGGGCUCUAAGAUUGAGGCUGUGAUAGACCUUGUGUUUCAAACGAAGGUCGAUUUAUUUCUCUAAAACUCGCGGAAGGGGUACAAGUUGGUGGGCACCGAGGAGUAUCGAAAGUAUUAAGAGUUUGCAGAAGGUGGGAAUCAGAGUACCUUUCUGCAGAAGGCGCACCUGUUGCCUGCUGCUCGGCUGCAUUGUCUGCGGAAAAAAAAAGGCGCGACGCUUCACUCGGACUUUUGGGGUUUCUAAAGAGCUGGGUCACGGUCACUGUCUACCCUCUCCCCUUCCUCCCCCCCCAACCCCAGGCACCACGUCCUCCAUCGAACGUGGGCACUGCAUGGAAAUAAGGAAACACAGAAAAAUAAGCCCUACCCCCACUCCCAUUCCCUUUCAGAUGGGACUGUGGGAGUGGGGCGGAGGGGGAGAGAGAAUGAGAAUGAAUAUAUGCCAGAAGAGGAGGAGGCCUGGGACAAGAAAAGGGAGUAAAAGGGGAUGAACCGGGUAGGGAAAUCCCACCCGAACUGCGUGAACCGUCUGAGCGUCUCGUGUCAUGGGACAUCUGUACGCUCUUCCGCUAAGGGGGUGACGAAGAUGGGUGGGAGAGGUUAGGGCGCUGCAAGGCACAUCCCAUUCCGUGCGGCUCCAGGUGCGUGCUACCUGGCCCACGCCGGCCUUCCCUUCCGCCUGGGCUUUUGUUGCACCCUCCCCACAUGUGAGCGGCCGAGUCGCUGCGAGGGCGCGGGGGCUUGGGGGAAAGUGAAGUGUCGCGGCACUGCGGGCUGCGCAAACCUGGGAGAGGUCACACCUCUUUCGGAAAAAAAAAAAAAAAAAAGAAAGAAAAGAAAACACCAAAAACCACCCAAGCUGGCUACCAAGGUGAACGCGGAGCGGUUCCCACCUUAAAAUCGGCCCUGCUCGUGACGUCAGGUCGGAAAUAUACCAAAGCGAGCGCGGGCCAGGAGUCCAGGGAGCGCGGCGGCGCCGCGAUUGGGCCGCGGGCCGCUGACGCGCGCUGACGCGCGGAGACUUUAGGUGCAUGUUGGCAGCGGCAGCGCGAGCCACAUAAACAAAGGCACAUUGGCGGCCAGGGCCAGUCCUCCCGGCGGCUCGCGCACAGCUCCGCGGUCCCUUUUGCCUAUCCAGCCGGCCGCCUGUCCCUACUCCCUCCCUGCGUGAGGUGUCCGGGCUCCCUUCGCCCAGCUCGCCCACCCCUCCCCGACCCCGGCGCCCAGGCUCCCAGAGGGAACUGCACUUCGGCAGAGUUGAAUGAAUGAAGAGAGACGCGGAGAACUCCUAAGGAGGAGAUUGGACAGGCUGGACUCCCCAUUGCUUUUCUAAAAAUCUUGGAAACUUUGUCCUUCAUUGAAUUACGACACUGUCCACCUUUAAUUUCCUCGAAAACGCCUGUAACUCGGCUGAAGCCAUGCCUUGUGUUCAGGCGCAGUAUGGGUCCUCGCCUCAAGGAGCCAGCCCCGCUUCUCAGAGCUACAGUUACCACUCUUCGGGAGAAUACAGCUCCGAUUUCUUAACUCCAGAGUUUGUCAAGUUUAGCAUGGACCUCACCAACACUGAAAUCACUGCCACCACUUCUCUCCCCAGCUUCAGUACCUUUAUGGACAACUACAGCACAGGCUACGACGUCAAGCCACCUUGCUUGUACCAAAUGCCCCUGUCCGGACAGCAGUCCUCCAUUAAGGUAGAAGACAUUCAGAUGCACAACUACCAGCAACACAGCCACCUGCCCCCCCAGUCUGAGGAGAUGAUGCCGCACUCCGGUUCGGUUUACUACAAGCCCUCCUCGCCCCCGACGCCCACCACCCCGGGCUUCCAGGUGCAGCACAGCCCCAUGUGGGACGACCCGGGGUCUCUCCACAACUUCCACCAGAACUACGUGGCCACUACGCACAUGAUCGAGCAGAGGAAAACGCCAGUUUCCCGCCUCUCCCUCUUCUCCUUUAAGCAAUCGCCCCCUGGCACCCCGGUGUCUAGUUGCCAGAUGCGCUUCGACGGGCCCCUGCACGUCCCCAUGAACCCGGAGCCCGCCAGCAGCCACCACGUGGUGGACGGGCAGACCUUUGCUGUACCCAACCCCAUUCGCAAGCCCGCGUCCAUGGGCUUCCCGGGCCUGCAGAUCGGCCACGCGUCGCAGCUGCUCGACACGCAGGUGCCCUCGCCGCCGUCGCGGGGCUCCCCCUCCAACGAGGGGCUGUGCGCUGUGUGUGGGGACAACGCGGCCUGCCAACACUACGGCGUGCGCACCUGUGAGGGCUGCAAAGGCUUCUUUAAGCGCACAGUGCAAAAAAAUGCAAAAUACGUGUGUUUAGCAAAUAAAAACUGCCCAGUGGACAAGCGUCGCCGGAAUCGCUGUCAGUACUGCCGAUUUCAGAAGUGCCUGGCUGUUGGGAUGGUCAAAGAAGUGGUUCGCACAGACAGUUUAAAAGGCCGGAGAGGUCGUUUGCCCUCGAAACCGAAGAGCCCACAGGAGCCCUCUCCCCCUUCGCCCCCGGUGAGUCUGAUCAGUGCCCUCGUCAGGGCCCAUGUCGACUCCAACCCGGCUAUGACCAGCCUGGACUAUUCCAGGUUCCAGGCAAACCCUGACUAUCAGAUGAGUGGAGAUGACACCCAGCAUAUCCAGCAAUUCUAUGAUCUCCUGACUGGCUCCAUGGAGAUCAUCCGGGGCUGGGCGGAGAAGAUCCCUGGCUUCGCAGACCUGCCCAAAGCCGACCAGGACCUGCUUUUUGAAUCAGCUUUCUUAGAACUGUUUGUCCUUCGAUUAGCAUACAGGUCCAACCCAGUGGAGGGUAAACUCAUCUUUUGCAAUGGGGUGGUCUUGCACAGGUUGCAAUGCGUUCGUGGCUUUGGGGAAUGGAUUGAUUCCAUUGUUGAAUUCUCCUCCAACUUGCAGAAUAUGAACAUCGACAUUUCUGCCUUCUCCUGCAUUGCUGCCCUGGCUAUGGUCACAGAGAGACACGGGCUCAAGGAACCCAAGAGAGUGGAAGAACUGCAAAACAAGAUUGUAAAUUGUCUCAAAGACCAUGUGACUUUCAACAAUGGGGGGUUGAACCGCCCCAAUUAUUUGUCCAAACUGUUGGGGAAGCUCCCAGAACUUCGUACCCUUUGCACACAGGGGCUACAGCGCAUUUUCUACCUGAAAUUGGAAGACUUGGUGCCACCGCCAGCAAUAAUUGACAAACUUUUCCUGGACACUUUACCUUUCUAAGACCUCCUCCCAAGCACUUCAAAGGAACUGGAAAGAUAACGGAAAUUGUCCAGAGGGGGCAAGUCACAUGGGCAGAGAUAGCCCUGUGAGCUGUCUCAGCUCAAGCUGCCCCCCAUUUCUGUAACCCCCCCAGCCCCCUUGAUCCCUAAAGAAAACAAACAAACAAAAACUGUUGCUAUUUCCUAACCUGCAGGCAGAACCUGAAAGGGCAUUUUGGCUCCGGGGCAUCCUGGAUUUAGAACAUGGACUACACACAAUACAGUGGUAUAAACUUUUUAUUAUCAGUUUAAAAAUCAGUUUAUUGUUCAGAAGAAAGAUUGAUAUACUGUAUAAUGGGAAAUGUUUGGCCAUGCUUGGUUGUUGCAGUUCAGACAAAUGUAACACACACACACAAACACACACACACACACACACACACCUUAAGGGGACCCACAAGUAUUGCCCUUUAACAAUACUUCAAAGUUUUCUGCUGUAAAGAAAGCUGUAAUAUAUAGUAAAACUAAAUGUUGCGUGGGUGGCAUGAGUUGAAGAAGGCAAAGGCUUGUAAAUUUACCCAAUGCAGUUUGGCUUUUUAAAUUAUUUUGUGCCUAUUUAUGAAUAAAUAUUACAAAUUCUAAAAGAUAAGUGUGUUUGCAAAAAAAAAAAAAAAAAAGAAAAUAAAUACAUAAAAAGGGACAAGCAUGUUGAUUCUAGGUUGAAAAUGUUAUAGGCACUUGCUACUUCAGUAAUGUCUAUAUUAUAUAAAUAGUAUUUCAGACACUAUGUAGUCUGUUAGAUUUUAUAAAGAUUGGUAGUUAUCUGAGCUUAAACAUUUUCUCAAUUGUAAAAUAGGUGGGCACAAGUAUUACACAUCAGAAAAUCCUGACAAAAGAGACACAUAGUGUUUGUAACACCGUCCAACAUUCCUUGUUUGUAAGUGUUGUAUGUACCGUUGAUGUUGAUAAAAAGAAAGUUUAUAUCUUGAUUAUUUUGUUGUCUAAAGCUAAACAAAACUUGCAUGCAGCAGCUUUUGACUGUUUCCAGAGUGCUUAUAAUAUACAUAACUCCCUGGAAAUUACUGAGCACUUUGAAUUUUUUUAUGUCUAAAAUUGUCAGUUAAUUUAUUAUUUUGUUUGAGUAAGAAUUUUAAUAUUGCCAUAUUCUGUAGUAUUUUUCUUUGUAUAUUUCUAGUAUGGCACAUGAUAUGAGUCACUGCCUUUUUUUCUAUGGUGUAUGACAGUUAGAGACGCUGAUUUUUUUUCUGAUAAAUUCUUUCUUUGAGAAAGACAAUUUUAAUGUUUACAAAAAUAAACCAUGUAAAUGAACAGAA